AACGACUGAGCCCAAGCCCAGACUCUACGUGUAACGCGCGCUUCAGCAGGAUACCCCUGCCAAUCUGGGGUGGCGGCGGGGGACGGAAAGGGGAAGAAGAAGAAGAGGUCAACUCAUGAGCUUCGACCUUGCUGGAUCCCGUCAACUUGCGCAAGUAACAUCACGCGCGCAUCAUCUCCCCCUCUAUCCCCGAACCGAUGACCGCCGUCCGCAGUCACGGCCACGAUAACGACAUCGUAAGAGAGCCCUCUCGAACCCAGAUCCCCCUCCCCUAUCGCACGCAGAACACGUUCACAUCACCAGACUCUCUGAAUGCCAAGGAACUUAUGUGCGGCCCCUCUACGAACACACGCACACACUUUUAUCGUAGGUAUAAUCUGUGUGGAGACGCGCCCAGCUGCUACCAUCGACGCAUGGCCCGUCGCCACUCCUCCUCGGGUUGGGCCUCCGCCUCUUGCGCACGCUCGUGAGAACCGUGGUGGCCAGCAGGCCAGCCGAUCGCGAUUCCAGGCGUAUGUCUCAGUUGCCGGCGCUGGGUUUGAGCUGCCUGGCCGAUGUAAGGAUCUACUUUGCCCUCCGCCCUCCUUGACCCCACGCGUGUCUCCCUGGCCCCCCUCCCCCCCCCCUUUUCUCUGGGAAACCUACCGAGGACUGAGGGAUGCGAUUGGGUGGCCGGGCGUAAAGUCGCGCCCUGGCGGAGGGGAAGAGCGAACGAACACACUUUAUCGUUCCAUUGUUGGUAUUAUUAGGACAACCGCAGCACGCCCGCGGCCCACGAUUUAUCACACACACGCACGCACGCACGCACGCACGCACGCACGCACACGAGCAGACUCCGGCCGCCAGGUUCCAUCGAAGGGGGCCCUAUCACCAGUCGAACCCGUCCUGGGUCGAGCUAGGGAUGGCCUGACUUUAUCGUCGCCAACUAUCCCCCCCAAUGACGGGGGCCUAUAUUGCUUGCGUUACUAGUAGUAGGCUAUCAAACCUGAUCCGCAAAUGAGAUAGGGGUUUUCCUCUUGGUGGUAUACGAAGCUGACCCGGCAGCGCAAGCGGCGCGAGCCGGCCAAAGCCAGCCUUGGAGUCUCAGAAUAAAUCAAGUUGGUAUACUAUACAUAUACAUACAUGCGUGUGUAUGUGUGUGUGUG